AUGCAUGCCUUUGUUUUCUCCCCUCCUCCAGUUGUGCAGAUCUAUCAUAAAGGUGAGGUGGUGUACCAGGACACCAGUGUGUAUGGUGUGGUGGACAAACCUGUGAUCCUGGAGUGUGGUACCACCGUACCUGACAUAUAUAUAUGGAGCUUCACCAAACCUGGUACCGAAGCCAUAAGGGCUGUGGUUUAUAAUGUAGGGCAAGGAACAAGGACCCAGAAUCUAGCUGAGACACUCGGGAAACCAACAGUCAUCUCAAACAAUUCAGCUUUGAGGAUUGAGACACUGCCUCUGGCUGCUCAUGGCUUAUUCACCUGCCAGGCCUUUUAUGACAUAGGGCAGGAGGCCAAAGUCUACUACUACUAUGUGCAUCUGAUUGUCCAAGUGCCUGUCAGUAAGCCUUAUGUCCUGAUGAGCGACACUUCUCCAGUGGAAGGAUCUGCAAUGUGGAUGCACUGCAGUGUAGAAAAUGGGACCAACCCCAUCCUUUACAUGUGGCAACAUGAAACCCUGAGUGGCAAUAUCACAACCUUCGCUCAGGGCAACAGCAGUAUUAUCAACAUGAUCUCUGUCAACCGCAGCCACACCGGAUGGUACAGCUGUGUGGCCAGCAACGCCGUGAACAACAAGAGCUCCGACCGCUUAUGGCUGGACAUCAUCUAUGGCCCAGACAUUCCUCGGAUAGACGUGACUUCGUACAAUAGAACAGAGUGGGGUUACUCAGCUCUGGAGACACAGACUGUAUCUUUGCUGUGUCAGGCUAAGUCCAAUCCAGCCAGUCAGUAUGUCUGGUUCUACAACAGCUCCCAGGUCUACACUGGGCCACAGUACAACAUCACCAAGAUCCUCCGAAGACACUCUGGCAAUUAUACAUGUUUGGCACAGAACACCUACCUCAACACCAGCUCCAUCAAAACCAUCAGCCUGAUCGUCUACUAUCCACCUGAUGGCUCCCCUUCCUGUUCUGUUGAGCCAGCUCUGAAUCACACCUCUCUGAGGCUGCUGUGCUCCUGGCCUGGUGGAUUCCCCUCCCCUCCCCUCCACUGGACUGGAGACCUGAUACAUGCAGGACAAAGUCAGGGCAACACAGGACAGCAAACCAGUUCAGCCUCCAGCACUGCCAUCUUGCUGCCCUCUGGAGGCCUGACUUCCAAUAACAGCUUGUUUACAUGCACGGGCACCCAUCCUGCCCUGAAACAGUCAACACAAUGCAGCACACUCACAUAUAUUCCCCCUGCAGAGCCAGUGUGCUUUGCCUCUGUGACUAAUGACAAACAGUAUUUGAUGAUGAACUGCUCCUGGGAAGGAGGGGUCCCAAAAGCCUUGGUGUGGUGGGAGGGCCCCACAGGCCAGGGCAAAGGUGGAGAAGAAACCUCCAACACCUUGAUCCUUCGCUAUGACACUGUACACUUUGGGAAACCUUACACCUGCCAUGCUAAACAUCCACUUUUGCUCCAAACCAAGAACUGCAGCCUCACACUGGGUCAGGUGUUGCAGUGCAGAGUCAUGUCUGUAUAUAAAGGAAGUGAUGUGGAGCUCUCCUAGAAUCUGAGAACCAAUUAUCUAUUUUUCAAUGAACUAAUGUGA